GAUGAGAACUCUUCUCCUUCUUGUAUUCCUGAUCUCAAACUAUGAUUAUCAGGUAAACUGUAAACAAGAAGAUCCUACUGAAGACAUUCUGGAGGAUGGAAACAGUCUUCAGAAGCGAGAAGAAGGUCCUGGCUAUACUUUAAGGAUUCUUAAACGUUCUCAGGUGGUUGACGAUGACCUCGAGGAAGAUCCAGAAGGUUAUCAAGAUGACAUAUCAGCUGGGAAAAGAAGCAACGUGUUCAACACUCGUGUAAUGAAGAGGUCUAAGGCACCUGAUUACCUGAAACGAAUAAUGAAGCGCAGUCAACAGAAAAAUCCUCCUCCUUCCAAUCAUGAGUAUAUGAAACGAAUUAUGAAACGAAAUGAAUAUCUUAAAAGGAUAAUGAAAAAAUCUGAUUCAUUUGACAUGCGUCUAAUGAAGAAAGCAGAUCCCUAUGAUAUGCGAUUAAUGAAGAAAGCAGAUCCCUAUGAUAUGCGAUUAAUGAAGAAAGCAGAUCCCUAUGAUAUGCGAUUAAUGAAGAAAGCAGAUCCAUUUGACAUGCGUCUAAUGAAAAAAGCAGAUCCUUAUGACAUGCGUCUCAUGAAAAAAGCUGAUCCCUUUGAAAUGCGAUUAAUGAAGAAAGCAGAUUCCUUUGACAUGCGCCUGAUGAAAAAAUCAAAUCCUAUUGAUAUGCGCCUGAUGAAAAAAGCAGAUCCAUAUGACGUCCGCCUGAUGAAAAAAUCAGAUCCUUAUGACAUGCGUCUCAUGAAAAAAGCCGAUUCCUUUGACAUGCGAUUAAUGAAAAAAGCAGAUCCCUAUGACCUGCGUCUAAUGAAAAAAGCCGAUUCCUUUGACAUGCGUCUAAUGAAAAAAGCAGAUCCCUAUGACCUACCUCUAAUGAAAAAAGCCGAUCCCUAUGACAUGCGCUUAAUGAAGAAGGCAGAUUCUCUUGAUGAGUAUGAUUCUGAAGAAAUUAUGCAAGACAAAACAGAGGAAUACUCUGAAGCUGAUUUAGAGGACCAGUUCUAUUUAGGUUUGAAUUGAGUUAAUGUGUCUGCUCUUGAAUUGUGAUAUCAAUAAAUAGAGAGAUGUAUGUGAAGUCCAGAAUUAAUAUUUAUGUUUAUUUAUGUCAUUUGUGUUGUCCUACUCAUUGUGCAAUAUAAAACACUUAUUAAUCAAUGCACUUUAAUACACUUAAUAAAGAGGCUGAGAACUAA